AUGCUUGGAGGCUUAGGUGAAACUAAACCUGCAACUCCAGAAAUCCAAAAGAUAGUUGACAAGGUAAAGCCACAGUUUGAAAAAAAGAGCAAUGAAAAAUAUGACAGCUUUGAGCUUGUAGAGUACAGAAGGCAAGUGGUUGCUGGGACAGUGUAUUAUGUAAAGGUACAUCUUGGGGAUGAUCGAUAUGCACAUUUGAAAAUAUACGAACCUCUCCCUCACACGAAUGAGUCAAUGAAACUGAUGGACUACCAGACUGGCAAAACCAAGGAUGAUGAAGUGGAUUACUUUUAG